AUGGCGACCCCGCCACCCGAGACUCUGACCCAAGUGGUCAAGGAGGAGAAGCCUCAGCUUCCUCCAUCCCCUACGGGAGGCUCCGCACCGGACAUCGCCCCAAGCAGUGUGUCUACAGCAAACGAAGGCCCCAAAAUGGACGUGACUUCUGAAGCAACUGAGAGCAACCCCUCCCCACUGAAUGGCAAUGCAAACGCGGAGCCUAAAGUCGCGAAUGGUACCAAUGGUACUACCUCUGCUACUUCCCCGCCAAAUCUCCCCGCACCCCCUUCAGGUGGUGACAAGCCUGCAGAAGGACUGAACAGGGAAAGCAAGGAACCCGCGGCAGCCCCGUCGGCCCCCGCAACUAUCGACACCAGCGAGACUGUCACUGCUCAAGCCCCGCCAGUCCCGACUUCUGAGUCCUUUGAGGCCUCCCAGGGCGACAAGAUGGAUGUGGACGCGUCUCAGGAGCCGCGAACCGAUUCUGAGCCUGCGAAGUCCAACCUUCCCCACCACCCUGUUUCCGAAACCCCAAAGCUGCCUCCACUCCAGACAGAUCACGAAAUGAAGGACUCUACACCUGCCCCAUCCUCACCCUCGAAGGUUUCCCGCGAGCGCGAGGCAGAUCCGGCAGAGGAGCCGGCUGCUAAGCGUACUAAGGUUGACGGUCAAGACUCAGCUCACGUGGAUUUCAAGCUUCCAGAGGCACCGGCGCCAGCUCCUGAAACUCCCGCCGCAGGAAAUGACACAGGAAUCACCAAGAUGCAGCACAAGUUCCUCACGAAGAGUCUCUCGAGCCUGAAGCGUAUGCAUGAUUCUCGCUUCUACCGCGAUCCCGUUGAUCCUUUGAAACUCAAUAUCCCUUCCUACUUCAAUAUCAUCACUAGUCCCAUGGAUCUGGGCACCAUGGAGAAGAAGCUGAAGGCCAACCAGUACUCGUCUCCUCAAGCCUUGAUCGACGAUUUCAACCUAAUGGUGUCAAACUCUGCCACCUUCAAUGGCCCAGACCACAUUUGGAAGAAAGAGACCAAAGAAGGUAGCGGAGAAGAGCAUCUGCCGCGCGCAGGGAGCCUCGCACCUCUCUCGGCAGCGUGUCCACGAAGGCUGCUUCUCCCCCAGAACACUACUUUUGCCUUGGGUCCCGAGGGGCUACCAGUCAUUCGUCGUGACUCCUCCAAUCCUGAUCGCCCAAAGCGCUCCAUCCACCCUCCCAAGCGAGAUCUUCCCUACUCCACUAAGCCCAAGAAGAAGAAGUUCCAGUGGGAGCUGCGUUUCUGUCAGGAGACUCUCAACGAACUGAUGAAGCCGAAGUACGUUCAGUGUGCCUCGCCAUUCUACUACCCCGUGGACCCCGUCGCGCUUAAUAUCCCCACCUACCACAACAUCAUCAAGAAGCCUAUGGAUCUGCAGACCAUCCAGACAAAGCUCAAGACCGGCCAAUACGAGAAUGCCAAGGAGUUUGACAGUGAUAUCCACCUCAUGCUCAAGAACUGCUACCGAUUCAAUUUGGAGGGUGAUCCCACCUACAUUGCCGGGAAAGAAUUUGAAGCGGCUUAUCAGGCUCAGUGGGCUAAGAAGGAAGACUUCCUUGAAAAGCAUGAGCCUCCACCCGAGCAAACCGACUCGUCUGACAACGAGAGCGACGCGGAGGGUGAUGCUUCCGAUGAGGAAACCGCCAAGAUCAAUGCCCUCCAGCGACAGAUCGCAGAGAUGUCUCGCCAAAAGGCCGGCAAGGCUAAGUCUGGCAAGAAGGAUUCUAAGAAGAGCAGCACCGGCAAUAAGAAGACGAGCAAGAGUGCCAAGAGCGGCCAGCGUUUCAUUACCUACGACGAGAAGCAGAUCAUCUCCAAUGGCAUUAGUAGCCUUCCCCGAUAA